AUGUCCACCCCUGUUAGCCCCGGUAUCGACGCCGUACGUGAUCGCUUCCGUCUAUUUUGGUCCCGAGAGAGCAACACGAUGGCCCGGUACAGAGACUCAUCCGAAGAUGGCGAUGUCGCAGGUGACAGGGAUAUUGAGGUGCCGCCGACUCCAGCCGAAAGCUACACUUCCGAGGACGAGUUACUGCCUCCUGCCUACAUGAUUCCGAAGCCCUGGACACGGAAGCGUUCCUUCUUCAUGUGCGGCGCUGUUUGGUUGGCCAUGCUGUUGAUAUUCGUUCUCUUGAACCUAGUUCUGUUCGUGGCCCGUGAGGUUUGGGACACUACGCCUGAGGAAUUUGAAGAAGCGAGCGUCGUCGUGCCCAUACCUUGUCACUCUCAUAACGACUACUGGAGAAAACGGCCAAUCUACGAUGCUCUCCAAGUAGGCUGCAUCGGCAUCGAAGCUGAUGUUUGGCUAUAUGGCACCGAGCUGUUUGUUGGCCACAACAAGUGGUCCCUUCACGAGAAGAACACAUUCACGAACCUUUACGUCGAUCCCCUCGUUCGACUACUGGAGGAACGCAACAUGGACCUCGACAACUCCACCCAGAGGUCUCCUCGAGGUAUCUAUGAGGCGAACCCAACACAAACAAUGGUACUUCUCGUGGACUUGAAGACGAGCGGCCCCGAGACCUGGCCGCAGGUGGUGCGUCAACUGGAGCCCUUGCGCGAGCGAGGUUGGCUGAGUAAGGUCGUGGAUGGCAGGAUUCACUAUGGACCUAUCACCGUUGUCGGUACGGGGAAUACACCCUUCGAGCUGGUCGCCGAUAACUCUACCUAUAGAGAUACCUUCUUCGACGCCCCUCUUCUCAAACUGGACAGCCACGAUUUCAACCCGACCAACUCGUUCUAUACCAGUGUAUCGUUCAAAAAGGCGAUUGGUACUGUUUGGUUUGGGGACCUGUCGGAGGCGCAGAUGACAAAGCUGAGAAAUCAGAUUAAGGAAGCUCACUCUCGCGGCUUGAAGGUUCGAUACUGGGAUCUUCCCGCGUGGCCUAUCAGUAUCAGAAACCACAUUUGGGAUGUACUCAUCCGGGAAGGCGUCGAUAUCCUGAAUGUGGAUGACCUGAAGGGUGCCAAGAAAGAAUGGGAUCUCAGAGGUUGGCCAACGCUCACUGCCAAUCGGACGGUACCGGCCUGA